AUGUCCAGAAAAUCGCCCAAGCCGUCACGUCUUGCCGAAAACUCCGACCAAAACAGUGGCCCAAACAAUGGGACAGCGGGCAUUUACGGCCAUCCAGAUUUGACAGCUGUGGUCGAAAUCGUCAAGAACAAAUUUUACCUCGCCACUCUGUUACCGGGCACACGAAAUCCCGAGAGCCCAACGGCGGAUACCUACUUGUUCGAGACCGAUACCUACUUGACGUACAAGAAUUUUUACGAUGACUUUGGGCCACUCAACUUGGCCUGUCUGUACAAGUACUGUCGAGAGGUCAACAAAGUCCUGGCGAAUCCCCGUUUCAAGCUAAUCGUGCAUUACACGUCGUCGAACGCCAAGCUGAGGGCGAACGCUGUUUACCUCGCGGCUUCCUACUCAGUUUUGUAUUUGGACCAAUCGCCGAGUGACGUUUACAAAUCGAUGCGGGGUGACGUUGGAGUGAUGCUCAGACCGUUUCAGGACGCGUCGAUCGGCAUCUCGCGCUAUACCAUCGAUCUUCUGGACUGCCUGAACGCGCUCAAAAAAUCCGCGUCGCUGGGUUUCUUCGACUUCGAGGACUUCGACGUGCACGACUACGAGAAAUACGGGAAGAUCCGCAACGGCGACCUCAACUGGAUCGUCCCCAGGAAAUUCAUCGCCUUCCUGGGCCCGAGCACCGAGCCCGGCACCGCGCUCCACUACCCCGAAAAGUAUUUGAACUACUUCAUGAAAAACGACGUCGCCACCGUCCUCAGACUCAACAAGGCCAACUACGAAGCUCACAGGUUCACGAGUGCCGGAAUUCUGCACUACGAGAUGUACUUCCCGGACGGUUCGACGCCGCCGAUGAACGUCCUGAGGGAGUUUUUGCACGUGGCCGAGAGCACGCGAGGCACCCUGGCGGUGCACUGCAAGGCUGGACUUGGACGCACGGGUACGCUGAUCGCGGCGUACAUGAUGAAGCACUACAUGUUCUCGGCGCGGGAAGCUGUCGCGUGGCUGAGGAUCUGCCGGCCUGGUUCUGUCAUCGGGGCGCAGCAAGUGUGGCUGGAGAGCAUCCAAGGGGACAUGUGGCGGGAGGGCCGACAAUUCAGGCUUAAGUACCACGGGGACGAUAAUUUGAUACUCCACCACAAGAGAGGUAUAUACUCGAUAGCCGAAAAGUUGGAUAAAAAGGCCAGGCUGGACGAGCGGCGUUUCGAGAGAAGGUGUUUGUUGGCAACCAGAGGAAGUACGAGCUGA